UUUUUGAAAUUUGGGACACGGCAGUUGAGGGAAAAAUUUAUCGACUGCUUCGCAACAACGAGAAGCAACAAACGUACUUCACUCUGUAGAAGUUGGAAGCGCGGUGAAGACUGAAGAACCCUAAAAGGAGCAAAAAAAUAAAAAUAAAAAUGGCACUCACUCGGCAGUGCCUGUGUCGUCCUCUCCAGUACACCUUCUUCUUAUCAUCCUCCUCUUAUACUACCUUGCCCAGGAGAUUAGGCCGUGUUUGGCCCCGCUCUCUUUCUCAUGCCACCACCCUUUCCGUUUCCAAGGCCACCUCUCCAUCAGGCCAGGGUUGGGUGAUGGGCUCCAAGAACAUGUUGAAAUCAACUUCCUUUGCAAUCCCAUUAGCCCCUUCUUCGCAUGGACGCCUCUUUCACACUCAUAGACUCCUCUUCUCUGCCCAUUCUUCGAAACCCAUCUCUAGAGUUCUGCCUUUUUCCCUCAAAACUAAUGGUUUCUCUCCUAUGCCUCAUGCCGAUGCCCCAAGUCCAGUUCAAUGGGAGGGGCUGGCUAAGAAUUGCCUUGAUCCGGAAGUGUCGGAGAUUCUGAAGAAGAAACUGGAGAAUCUUGGCAUGGACACCGAUAUAUGUAUUCCGGGGCAAUACAACCACUUGCUGUGUCCGAUAUGCAAAGGUGGGGAUUCAGAGGAAAAGAGCUUAUCUAUUUUUGUUACGGAAGAUGGGGGCUCUGCUUUAUGGAUGUGUUUCCGUGCUAAAUGUGGAUGGAAAGGCAGUACAACGGCCUUUGCAGAUAGCAGGUCAUCAUUUGGAUUGAAGAAAAUAACCAAACUUAAGAAUAUAAGAGAAAUCACGAUGGAGAAUCUGCAGUUAGAACCACUUUGUGACGAGCUAGUUGGUUAUCUUGCUGAGCGAUCAAUAACAGAGGGAACACUGCAGAGAAACGGUGUAAUGCAGAAGAGAUAUGGUGAUCAGAUAGCAAUUGCAUUUACUUAUUGGCGAAAUAAAAUGCUUGUUGGUUGCAAGUAUCGGGAUGUCAACAAGAAAUUUUGGCAGGAAGCAGACACUGAAAAAAUUUUUUAUGGGCUCGAUGAUAUUCAAGGAAAAAGUGAAAUCAUCAUUGUUGAAGGUGAAAUGGACAAGCUUGCAAUGGAAGAAGCUGGGUUCUUUAAUUGUGUGAGUGUCCCAGAUGGUGCCCCUCCAUCAGUUUCCAGUAAGGAGUUGCCACCUGAAGAAAAGGACACAAAGUAUCAGUAUCUGUGGAACUGCAAAGAGUACUUACAGCAGGCAUCACGCAUUAUACUUGCCACUGAUGGGGAUCUACCUGGUCAAGCUUUAGCUGAAGAGCUUGCACGCCGCCUUGGAAGGGAAAGAUGCUGGCGUGUAAAAUGGCCAAAGAAAAAUGAAGUAGACCAUUUUAAAGAUGCGAAUGAGGUUCUCAUGAAUUUGGGCGCUGAUGUACUGAAGGAAGUAAUUGAGAAUGCUGAAUUAUACCCUAUACGUGGAUUGUUCAACUUUAGAAACUACUUCGAUGAAAUUGAUGCAUACUAUCACCGAACUCAUGGAUGUGAGUUUGGUAUCCCAACUGGGUGGAGGUCUUUGAACGAGUUAUAUAAUGUUGUGCCAGGAGAGUUGACUAUAGUAACUGGGGUUCCUAAUUCAGGCAAGAGUGAGUGGAUUGAUGCUCUCUUGUGCAAUCUUAAUGAAAGUACUGGUUGGAAAUUUGCUCUUUGCUCUAUGGAGAACAAGGUUCGGGAUCAUGCAAGGAAACUUUUGGAGAAACACAUAAAGAAGCCUUUCUUUAAUGCAAGUUAUGGUGGAUCUGCUGAACGUAUGACUGUUGAGGACUUAGAGAACGGGAAGCAAUGGUUGAGUGAUACAUUUUAUCUCAUAAGGUGUGAGGAUGAUUCCCUUCCAAAUAUUAAAUGGGUUCUUGAUCUUGCAAGAGCAGCAGUUCUGAGGCAUGGUGUGCGUGGACUUGUAAUUGAUCCUUACAAUGAGAUUGAUCAUCAGCGUUCUGCAAACCAGACCGAGACAGAGUAUGUGAGUCAGAUGCUUACCAAAAUCAAACGCUUUGCUCAACAUCACUCUUGCCAUGUUUGGUUUGUAGCACAUCCAAGACAGUUGCACCAGUGGGUUGGGGGUCCUCCUAGUAUGUAUGAUAUUAGCGGAAGUGCACACUUUAUAAACAAAUGUGACAAUGGGAUUGUGAUUCAUCGUAAUCGGGAUCCAGAGGCUGGGCCUCUCGAUAGAGUACAAGUUUGUGUUCGGAAGGUUCGGAAUAAGGUUGCUGGAACCGUAGGAGAUGCCUUCUUGAGCUAUAAUAGGGUAACUGGUGAAUUCAUGGAUCUUGGUCUACCAUCUGGCAACGAGAAGAAAUGAUAUGAUUACUAAGAAAAUGUAUGAUCGACCGAAAUAUAAGCCCUCAACUCGAGGCGGGUUUUCUAUUGCCAGAGUUCCGCCAACUCAAAUGGCGGGGUGGCUGCGUUCACUUGGUGCAUGCAUAACUAUGGUGGUGAGAGAUGAAAAUCAGAGGUAUUUCAGCAUUGACAGUUGAUCAGAUUAUGGUUAACUUGCUAUUCCGGAGGGUAGGCUACAAUUUUUGAUGAUUAGAGACUUCCUUUUGGAGAUGAAUCAUAUGAUGAUCUAUUUUGUGUAAACUUGUAUAAUAUGAUAUAGGUUGUGUAAACUUGUAUAAUCUUAAUCUAUUUUGUGUAAACUUGUAUGGUAUCAGCUUAUGUUCAGCAACCUAAUUUAUUUCUUUUUUCU